CCUAGCAUGCGACUACCCUGACGCGUCUUACGCCUUUGGUCAACCCACGCCCGCGCCCAUCUCGUCUACUUUACAAUUUCCAGCAACGCCAAAGCAAGAAUGACAUUUCAUCGUUCCUUGCGUCCGGUCAAGCAGCACUUUCGCCUGUCAGUCUCGCCUGCAAGAGUCGAAGAUCGAUCGCCCCUGGCAAGGUUACUUUGUCCCGAAGAAGCCAUGCCUGGAUAGUCAUUGAUCAUCUCUGAUCUCUUUUGUGUCGCACUGUACUGCUUUUCAUGACCUCUGGCCCUCCGCUCUCCUGCACCGUGCUCUCUUGCCCAUAGGUUCGCUCCACUUCGCUGAUAUUCGGCCUCUCGGCAUUCUCGGCGUUAGGCGCGUCAUCGCAUCGGCUCGUGCUGCUCGAGCACUGAAUUAAAUCCAACCUAUCCUGUUCAUUCUCUCAUGGACGUGCAUCUUGUCGUUCUCUGUCACGGUCUCUGGGGCACACCAGACAAUGUGAUUGCUUUGGAGCACGCCAUCAUCGCCAAAGCAGAACAGACUGGUGCUCGUGUCGUCGUCUCUCGACCGAAAGGCAACGAAAGUACUCUCACGUAUGACGGCAUCGACCAUUGCGCUGAGCGAGUCUGCGAUGUCAUCGACGCCGAAAUUGCAGACAUCGAGAGCAAGGGCGAUCAUGUUGCCAGAUUCUCCAUGGCAGGCUACUCGCUCGGUGGUCUAGUCGCUCGCUUUGCGCUCGGCAUCUUGCAUUCACGAACACCUUCAUUCUUCAGUACGAUCAAGCCAGUCAACUUUGCUCUCUUUGCGUCCCCUUCAAUAGGGAUACCCAUCUACUCUGGGACAGUAUGGCCAGUUAUCUCCUCCUUCUUUGGCUCCCGGAUCCUGUCACGCUCGGGCGCUCAGCUGUAUGGCAAGGACCGCUUCUUCCAAGGUCGUCCAUUGCUAGACGUGCUCGCUCAGCCCGGCUCAUCCUUCUACGAAGCACUCAAGAGCUUCGAACGUGUCGAGGUCUAUGCUAAUGGCAUACACGACCGCACGGUGCCCUUUCAUACUGCCGCCAUCUCUGAACAUGACCCAUUCGCUGCAGCGAGGAUGAAGGCCAUGCGCGCACUCAAAGCUCAUGCCGUCGAUCUCGAGCAAGACGAAGAUCCUGAUCUCGCUUACGGUGGUCUCAGGAUAUCGAUCGAUCAAGAGUAUCCGCCCAUCAUCAAGUCUUACGAAGCCUGCGAGCCCAAGAAGUUGCCACAAGGCGACGUGCAGCCAGCACCAUCAUUCGCGCGUCGAUUAGGGCGGCGGUUACCGAAAUGGCCAGCCAUUCUCAGACCAAGCCGAUAUCCAUUCAGGAAGCCCGUAAAUUACAUUGUCGUCUUCUGUUUUCCCGUUUUCGUCACACUCGCCGUCACCGUCUUUCUCACAUCGAGUAUCAUUCAGACGUUCCGAUCGCGUAGGAGGAUACAAGGGUUGCGGAAAGGCGAGCUGGCCAGCAGAGAGGGCCGCAUGCGACGCGUUGGCUUGCUAGAGAAGGCUGGCGAUAACAUCAGAACGGCCCUCUCUGACAUUGUCGAGAAUGCCGGCGUGCGAGACUCUGUGGGAACAAACACGCCUACAAAGGGCGAGACACAGACCAGCGGCAAGUACGCUUUACUUGAUGCGCAGGCAGAAUCAGCCGACGAUCUCUCGGUCGACAAUGUCGAUGCUACCAUCGAUCCCACUUUUACAGAUGCACAGCGUCGCAUGAUCAAACAUCUCAAUGCUAUUCCUCAACUAAAAAAGCACGUUUGCUACUUCGAUAUGAGUUACCUCACCCGACCGCAUUCGCACGGCAUCAUCGUCGCACGAGACGGCAAAUUGAACGCAAAGGGAUUACUGGUCGUGCGACACUGGGCAGAGCAUUUUGUAUACUAAUGAUACGCAUAGACAAGCAUGCAUGGUAUA